UCUCGGAUAGAGACGCUUGGCCUACACUGAAGCUGUGUAUGUUUUAGCAGUUGUGCUACUGCAGUUUACAGCGAACUAUGGCAACCGGAGUAGGAAGAAGUGGAAAUCUGCCCUGUUCUGGAGAUGCAAUGGCAAAGGAAGAGCUUCCUAUUUAAUGCUCUGUGGCGUGUGUUUCCGCUACUGAAGUCACGUGGGUUUUGUUUUUUAAUUUAUCAAAAACCUGGAAGUUUUUGAGUGACAAGAAAGCACACAGUCAGUGGGACAGACUUUUUAAGCAGGAAUGGCCACUGCACGGCUCGAUUACGUAGCCCCGUGGUGGACAUACUGGCUGCACAAUUUCCCUCACUUCAAUUUCUUUUUCCAGUCGAUAGACAACACUUUUAAACCGGAGGAGGCAAGCUAUCAGCAGUCUCUGAUAUUUCUAGCCUCUGUUGGUGCCGUGGGUCUGGGUCUGAGCCUGCUGGUUCUGGCAGUAUUCCUGGUCUGUCUGUGUUGCUGCCGCAAGGAUAUAGAUGAAGAAACCAAAGGGCCUAAUACCUGCUGUCUCACCUGGUCUGCUGUCAUCACAGGACUCAUCAUAUGUUCGGCUGUGGGAGUGGGUUUCUAUGGAAACAGUGAGACCAACGACGGGGUGUACCAGCUGACCUACUCGCUCUCCAAUGCCAAUCACACAUUGGGUGGCAUCAACAAUCUGGUUACAGGAACCCUGGGCAAUGUUCAAACUGGACUCAAGCAGCACCUGGAACGACUUGAUGAAAUCUUUGCCGCAAAGUCCGAAUUCCUCAAUUCUCUGCGCUUCAUGCAGUUAAUGGUCAACAACGUCAUCCACGAGAUGAUGGCUCUGCCCGAUAUCAACAAAGCCAAUGUUGACUUGGCAGCCAUUGCAGACCAAACAGCCCUUGUUGAGUAUUACAGAUGGCUCACCUAUCUGCUGCUGCUCAUUCUUGACCUGGUCAUCUGCUUGGCCAUGUGUCUGGGUAUGGCCAAGCAGUCUCGGUGGCUGCUCAUAACGAUCAUGGCUUUUGUAGUGCUGUCUGUGAUCCUCAGCUGGGCCUCCUUGGGAGCGGGCACUGCUACAGCUGUGGGCACCAGUGACUUCUGUGUGUCUCCAGACAAGUAUAUUGUUAACCAAACCAAGGAUUUUCUAACUGCAGAUGUUGCUCACUAUUAUUUGUUCUGCAGCCCGAAUCUACCAAACCCUUUCCAACAGUCUUUGACGAUCUGUCAGCGUUCUUUGACCACCAUGCAAAUCCAGAUCCAGGGCUUGCUGCAAAUAACGGUGCCCAUUUUCCCCACUGCUGAGAGAGACCUUCUGGGGAUCCAGCGACUGCUGAACUCCACUGAGUUCAGUCUACACCAGCUAACAGCCUUGCUCGAUUGCCGCGGGCUACAUAAGGACUACCUGGAUGCCCUAAUAGGUGUGUGCUAUGAUGGGGUGGAAGGGCUCCUCUACCUCUCUUUGUUUUCUCUGCUGGCUGGCUGCGCACUCUCUGCUAUGCUGUGUGCAAUUUUCAGAGUGUGGACGCUAAUGGGCAGCAGGGACAAAGAGUAUGACGACAUUGAUGAGGAGGACCCAUUCAACCCCCAAGCGAGGCGGAUGUCUUACAACCCCAGAAGGUCCAACAUACACAGUUUCUGUAGCUAUACCAGCAGUCUCGGUAGCCAGGCCAGCAUUCAGCCACCUCUGCCAUCUGCUUCUAAUGCUUCACCGCCUGAAUACAUGAAUCAGUCCAUGCUGUUUGGAGGAAGUCCACGAUAUGAGAACGCCCCGCUGAUAGGGAGAGGAUCCCCACCGCCCUCGAUUUUUAAAAACCUACUCGCCCAGUAUGAGGACCACCUAUCUGUCUAUGACUGACGCCCAGAUUAGACACUUUGGGACUGACUUCCAGGCGUAGCCUGCUACCUACGCAACCGUUUCAGAACAGCACUGUUCGAGACUCUGGGUUCUUACCAAGGAGGCUGUCCUGUCUCUCAUACCUGAGCUGCAGACAGCUGUCCAACUCUAGGACAUUAAAGCAGAGACAAUUACCACAGUAACACACCAAUGCAGUGCACUUAAAGCCCUGCAUGCAGUUUUGAACAGACGACCUGUUCAUCUCAAGACUGUUGUUGCUGUUGUCAUGAUGUGUGGAAACACUUGCUCCAAUAUAAACAUUUAUAUGAGCCAAAUCAAUCAUUUAAACUGAUUGGAUGAAAAUUGUUUCUUGCUUUUUCUUGUAUUCUAGUGGCCUGCAUGGAUAUGAUCCGCAUAACGGUCAGUAUACUGAUGGCUGAUUAUGACCAGUAGACCAUCCAUCACAACAACAUUUCGAUUUUUGCUAAAUCUAUACUCUUUGUACGUCUCUGAAAUGAAGGCCUUUGUGUAAUUACGGUGCGAAAUGAAUGAAACGCCAUAUUUUUAACCACUCAAAAUAAUGACAAAAAUGCAAACCAUACCAACAUGGAUUUGUUAGGAGAAGCCAAAGAUUUUACUAAGUUGUGAUGAAUUUUAUAUUUAUCUUUCUAGAUCAAAUAACAGGUUUAUGCAUCUGAUAG